GAUGUCAUCACUACGCGACAGACACUCAUCUGUGUUAAAUUAAAUGUCUUGCACAAUAUACCCUCAUCUGGACUGAAAAUGUUGUGUCUGUAAGUUGUUCACGACAUGACCGAUGUAGUUUGAAAAUGUGUUGAUAGAAACACAUUUUAUACACAGCUUUUAUUCCGUAAAUGCAUCGAAAACCCCCACAGCUGUGGAUCAAGCUCUCGGGUGGAUGAACGCCACGACUUGCGAUUUGAGCGGCGCCUCAAAGACUCCAUGUCUUUCUUGGACUGCUCCUGCAUCUCCCACACUCAGGUCCAGCCCAUGGACAUAGAGGAGUGCUACGAGGACACCGGUCAGCAUCGCUCGGGCUCCGGGAGCACCCCUCCACACCCGACGGUGGGAUGCGGCGACGGCAACGUGGCGCCAUUGUCAGCAGAGCCUGCCCAUUACCAGUUCCUCCUUGAGCUUGGGUGGGGUUUCAACAACCUGAGCCAGGUGCGCAUGGCCCGUCACACUCCAACUGGGCAACUGGUGGCGAUAAAACAAACCAACUUGGAUGAGUGCACGGAGGAGGAGCUGCUACAGCUCCUGAAUGAGGUUUUCCUGUCCAGGCGGGUCCGUCACCCAAACCUGCUGACGUUCCGACUGGUCUUCAGCUCUUGCUGCCAGCUGUGGGUCCUUACGCCGCUCAUGGCCUACGGCUCUGCACACUUUCUCAUGAGAACGUAUUUCCCUGAUGGAAUGAGCGAGUCCUUAAUAGCGUACCUCCUCUAUGGCGUCUUGCAAGCGUUGGACUAUCUGCACUGCAUGGGCUACGUUCACAGGGGUGUGAAGGCCAGUCACAUCCUCUUGUCAGAAGAAGGCCGCGUCUACCUGUCGGGGCUGCACGGCGUUUACAGUAUGAUGCGUGAAGGGAAGAGGAUGAGGGCGGUGUUCGACAUGCCCCACCACAGUCCCGCCCUGCUGCCCUGGUUGAGCCCCGAACUACUGCAGCAGGAUCUCCACGGUUAUGGAGUCAAGUCUGAUAUCUACAGUUUGGGUAUUGCCGCCUGCGAGCUGGUGAGCGGCAGGGUGCCCUUCCAGGACAUGGCACCCACUCAGACUCUGCUCCUGAAGCUGCGCGGUUUGCACCGUUGCCUGACCGACACGGCUUUCUUCCCACUCGGCGAGCUGGGGGCACUGAAGGUGUCCCGUUCCGGGGUGGACUCCGGCAUGGGAGAGAGCGCGACUCACAGUACCGGCGCUCCUCCACCCGCCACGGAAGGACCUCGGAGUCCCGGACCCAAAAACCAAUCUGCCACCUUGCACAAUUUGGUGCAACUGUGUCUGCAGCAGCAGCCCGAGCGCAGACCGACGGCCUCUGCCCUCAUGAGCCACGCCUUCUUCAAACAGGUGAAGAGGCACACCAGAGACUCCUUCCUCAGCCUUGUGUACCCAGCGGUGCCGCUCAGUAGCUCCGAGGUGGCGCUAUUAUCAUCGUACCCCCCGAGCCCCAACUGCCACUCUCCAACGGCAGUCACGGCGGGUUGUGUCGAGCCGUCCUGGGAUUUCUCCUAAAAGGCAACCGAAUGGCCUCAUCUGCUGUGUUAAAGGAACAGAAAAGGGAAACAUAGGGGCGGUUGUAAAUUAACAAAGACAUCCUGGGUGUUACAUACCCCCCCCCCCCCACUCACCCCCCACCAUACGUACUGUAGCUCUUGUGACUCUUUAGAAAUAGUGCUUGCGUUGUGAAGGGUGUGAAAUGCCGUUUGUGUUACUUACCAUUAGGAAUGAAGCCCACAGUGGAUAGAACACGUCGACACACCUGUUCAAAAGCCAUUUUAUUUCCCCUUUUCUCCUCCACUUGAGUUGUACGGGUUAUAUAGGGCACAUUCGUGAUGGAUAAAGAUUUGAAA